AUGGAGCGAGGAGGCAGGAUGGCCAGCGGCUCCAUCAAGCGGCCCUCCAUUAAACGUACAGCAUCUGGGUCGCAGAAGUGCCAGAAAGCGUGGAUUGAGAAAACCUUUUAUAAAAGAGAAUGCAUCCAUAUAUUUCCAGCCAAGGACCCAACCCGGUGUGCCUGCGGUUAUCUUGUGAGUCAGCACACUGCCAUUUCGUCAGGAUCCGUAACAAACAGGCCCUCAGAUGAGAGCCAGCUUGUGCAGGUGGACCCACCUCAAGAGAAAUGGCAGGUGGUCAGACAUACUCAGACAGCUUGUACCGACGCAUACGGCACCAUCGAAUUUCAGGGAGGAGGAUUUGUCAACAAAGCAAUGUAUAUCCGGGUGGCAUACGAUACCAAACCGGACAGCUUGCUGCAUCUAAUGGUGAGGGAAUGGCAAUUGGAGCUGCCCACACUGCUUAUAUCGGUCCAUGGUGGACUCCAAAACUUUGACCUGCAGCCCAAACUCAAGCAGGUCUUUGGGAAAGGCCUGAUCAAAGCUGCUGUGACAACUGGAGCAUGGAUCUUCACUGGUGGAGUGAGCACUGGAGUGAUCCGUCACGUCGGAGAUGCUCUGAAGGACCACUCUUCCAAAUCCAGAGGGAAAGUCUGCGCUAUAGGCAUCGCACCAUGGGGAAUACUGGAGAGCAAAGAGGAUCUAAUUGGAAAAGAUGUGACGAAACCAUACCAGGCGAUCUCGAACCCGUUAAGCAAACUCGCCGUUCUCAACAACAGCCACUCCCACUUCAUCCUCGCCGACAACGGCACGUGUGGCAAAUACGGGGCAGAGGUCAAACUUCGCAGGCAGUUGGAGAAACACAUCUCCCUGCAGAAGAUUAACACCCGGUUAGGUCAGGGCGUACCGGUGGUGUGCCUCAUUGUAGAGGGGGGUCCGAAUGUCAUCUCCAUCGUGCUGGAGAGUCUGCGCGAGGAGCCGCCCGUGCCCGUAGUGGUAUGCGAUGGCAGCGGCCGAGCGUCUGACAUCAUUUCCUUCGCGCACAAGUACUCGGAGGGCGAAGGAUUGGUAAAUGAGGAUGUGAAAGAGCAGCUGCUGGUUACCAUCCAGAAGACCUUUAACUACAACAAGACCCAGUCCGGCCAAAUUCUGCUCAUGGUCCUGGAAUGCAUGAAGAAAAGGGAGCUGAUAACAGUCUUUCGAAUGGGUGCAGAAGGACAGGAUGAUAUUGAGAUGGCUAUCCUCACCGCAUUACUAAAAGGAACGAAUGCAUCGGCUCCAGAUCAGCUGAGUUUAGCUCUGGCCUGGAACAGAGUGGACAUCGCACGCAAUCAGAUAUUUGUGUACGGACACAACCUACCACCUGCGAGUGCCCUCGCUGGUGCUAUCGCUAGCAGCACAGCAUCAAGCCAAGACAGACCAAAGAAAGCAACUCAACGAAACAAAGGAAAGGCCAGAGGUAAAAAAGGCAAAGGAGGCAAAGCUAAACCAGAACAACCAGUGGAAACAGAUCCCAGGAAGUUAGAACUACUCAACUGGGUGAACUCUCUUGAGCAGGCCAUGAUGGAUGCUUUGGUUUUAGACAGAGUGGACUUUGUCACGCUCCUAUUAGAAAAUGGUGUAAACAUUCAUCAUUUCUUAACCAUCCCUCGAUUAGAGGAGUUAUACAACACGAAACUUGGACCUGCCAACACUCUGCAUAUUGUACUAAGAGAUGUUAAAAAGGGGAACCUCCCACCAGAUUACCAAAUCACACUGAUUGACAUCGGAUUGGUGGUGGAGUCAUUAAUGGGCGGGGCCUAUCGCUGUAACUACACGAGGAAAAGCUUUCGAAAUCUUUACAACAAUCUCUACGGGUUAAAGAGGCCAAAGGCCCUCAAGCUUCUUGGAAUGGAGGAUGAUGAGCCCAGGACAAAAGGCAAGAGGAAGCAAAAAAAGAAGAAAGAAGAAGAAGAGGACAUUGAUGUAGAUGAUCCAGAGGUCUGCCGCUUUCACUUCCCAUUUCACGAACUGAUGAUAUGGGCAGUGCUGAUGAAGAGGCAGAAGAUGGCACUGUUCUUGUGGCAAAGGGGGGAAGAGGGCAUGGCUAAAGCCCUGGUGGCAUGCAAACUCUAUAAAACCAUGGCACACGAGUCUUCUCAGAGCGAAAUGGUGGACGACAUCUCCCAGGAUCUCGAUAACAACUCCAAGGAGUUUGGUACAUUGGCCUAUGAGCUGCUGGAUCAGUCCUACAAACAUGAUGAACAGCUGGCCAUGAAGCUGCUGACAUAUGAGCUGAAAAACUGGAGCAAUUCUACCUGUCUGAAACUGGCUGUGGCCGCCAAACACAGAGAUUUCAUAGCCCACACCUGCAGUCAAAUGCUUCUCACUGACAUGUGGAUGGGAAGCCUGAGGAUGGGCAAAAACCCAGGACUGAAGGUGAUACUGAGCCUCAUUUGUCCUCCACUUAUCCUGCUUUUGGAUUUCCGUCUGGGUGAUGACAUGUCUUUUCAAGCUUCUGCAGAUAAUGAGGACAGAAAGUCCAAAGAUGAUGAGAAGUCCAGCCGGGAUGCCAACGCAGAUGCCGUUUCAAAGAAAGGAGACGAGGAAGAGAGCAAUAAGAAAAUGAGGCUGAUUCCUAUUGGCAGGAAAAUCUAUGAGUUUUAUAACGCUCCUUUCACCAAGUUUUGGUUCAAUACUAUAUCCUACCUUGGCUAUCUCAUGCUGUACAAUUAUGUAGUGCUGGUGAAGAUGGAGCGCUGGCCCACCUUACAAGAGUGGAUCGUCAUAUCAUACAUCAUCACUUUGGGCCUUGAGAAAGUCAGACAGAUUUUGAUGUCAGAACCGGGGAAGCUCAAACAAAAGAUCAAUGUGUGGUUAGAGGACUACUGGAACAUCACAGACUUGGCAGCCAUUGCCAGCUUCUUGCUCGGGCUACUGCUGAGACUCCAGAGUGAACCCUACAUGGGAUACGGCCGGGUGAUUUACUGCGUGAACAUCAUCUUCUGGUACAUCCGUGUUUUGGACAUAUUUGGGGUCAACAAGUACCUGGGACCCUACGUCAUGAUGAUAGGAAAAAUGAUGAUUGACAUGCUGUACUUUGUGGUGAUAAUGCUGGUGGUACUGAUGAGUUUUGGAGUGGCACGGCAGGCUAUCCUCCAUCCGGAUGAGGAACCCACAUGGCGCUUGGCCCGCAACAUCUUCUACAUGCCUUACUGGAUGAUCUAUGGAGAGGUCUUUGCGGAUUCCAUAGACCUUUACGCAAUGGAAAUAAAUCCACCCUGUGGUGAAAACUUGUAUGAUGAAGAUGGGAAAAAGCUUCCACCCUGCAUUCCUGGAGCCUGGCUCACCCCUGCCAUCAUGGCCUGCUAUUUGUUAGUGGCCAACAUCCUUCUUGUCAACUUGCUUAUUGCUGUUUUCAACAACACCUUCUUUGAGGUCAAAUCGAUCUCCAACCAGGUGUGGAAGUUUCAGCGAUAUCAGCUGAUCAUGACCUUCCAUGACAGACCUGUGCUUCCUCCACCUCUCAUCAUCUUCAGCCACCUGUACAUCCUGUUUCGCAGACUCUGCUGCCGCUGUAACAAGAAGAAAGAGGGAGAAAUAGAUGAGAAGGAUAAAGGGCUAAAGCUUAUUCUUACCACUGAGGAGCUGAAGAUGCUGUAUGAGUUUGAGGAGCAAUGUGUGGAGGAAUAUUUUAAAGAAAAAGAAGAUCAGCAGCUGUCCUCCAAUGAUGAGCGAAUCAGGGUUACAAAUGAACGAGUGGAGAACAUGUCCAUGCGCCUCGAGGAGGUGAACGAAAGGGAAAACACAAUGAAGGCCUCGCUACAGACAGUGGACCUUCGUCUGUCCCAACUGGAAGAUAUCAAUGGUCGAAUGGUAAAUGCUCUAGAAAGACUGGUGGGAAUCGACCACUCAGAACUGACUCGGACACGGUCAACGGCCUCUUCGGUUUGUGACCCCUCCUCUCUCCAACGUCACAGUAGCAUCAACAGUUCAGAUGGGUACAGCCUCUACCGAUACUACCUGGGUGUUGAUGACCGUCCACCCGAGGAGAAAGAAGGAGAUCCAAGUAAAGCGAUAAGCAAUGCAAACCUGAACACCAAGGAAUACGGUCAGAACCUGGAAGUAGAUCUUCCAGGUGUCAGAAGGCAUCUUGGCUCAUGUGUGGACAUCCGGAUCUUCCCUUGUGAGAAGGGGGCUGAGAAUGUCGAUCAGGUUGAAGGGACACAGUCGAAUCCUUCUGUACCUGACGUUCAGACUCCAAACAGUGCCACGCCGAAAAGAGCUUUGAUGACGGAGAAAGCAAAACUUGAGUCCACUAUCUCGUAUCCUCUAGAAAAGGUAAAAGCAUACAGAUACUAUCCAGCAGAAAUACAGGACACAUCACCGUCCUGUGUACGGAGGUGUACAAGCACCAUCUUUUUUGAUCAAGCAAGCAGAAGUGAGGGCGAAGGACUGGAUGGGUCUCCAUCUAACAGACGUUGGAGUGCUGGCUGUGAGUAUAAGGUACACUCCAGUCAUUUUGGUCAGUCACCAAAGGUAUCAAUGGUUAGGCCCUUGGUAGACCAAAUUGACAAAUUUAACCACAGCUUCAAGGUACAGCAACAUGUGGACCAUCCUAGGCAGCAGAGCCUGAGACUGACCUCCAGAUACAGUAAGGAGCAGAUGGGAAUGCAUGAUGGGGAGAAGAUAGAGAAGAGUUCGGUUGGACUAAGUACUCAGUUGAUAAUGAGAGAUGGAGAGCGAGACUCUGGAAAAGAUGGCAAUGAGGACAUAAGUGAAAGGGUUGAUGGGGAUCAAAGCUUUAGACACACAGACCAGGUUUUAACAAAUGAAUCCAAAGAUGGUUUUGAAGGAUGUUUCGGAAGUCAAGUGAAGAAAGAGCAAGUCGAGUGCACUGAAAGGGAUGAGAUGGCCAGAGAUACAGGUCCCAAUGGUUCUGAAAUCGCUGCUAACAUGUUUCAGCCUGAAUAUACAACGUUCCUUCCUGGACGAUCCAAGAGCUGGUGCACAAAACCUUGCAAGUCUUUGGAAAACAGCUUGAAAAAGACACAUGGAUCCAGUGAAAGAGACCUCGGUGGAGCUUAUGAAGACUCUACUGGUGAUCCAGGUCAACUGGUGCAGAAGACAAGAGAAGAUUUAACAUCAAAUGAGCCCUAGCAGACGAAGAGCUAAAAUAAGAAGAUAUAUUAAGCUAAAUGAAGACAAUUAUAUUAGACUUCACAUAUGCACCAGUAAUACUAGAGACACACAUUACUUUAGUAGAAGCAUUUGCAUAGGCAGUCUUCAAAAUUGUAUAGGAUUACAAUUUUACACUUUUAUAAAAAAAAAUCUAGAUAAUUUACUCAGCCCCAUGUCAUCCAAGAUGUUUAUGUCUUUCUUUGCUCAGUCGAGAAGAAAUUGUAUUUUGGAGGAAAAUAUAACAGGAUUUUUCUGAAUUUAAAGGAAAAUACCACAGUUUUUUAAUAUUUCACUAUGUUCUUA